GACUAAAAGUAUAGUUUAUAUAGCAAACUCAGUAAUAUUGUGAAAUAUCUAUUAGACCUUUAUAACAUGCAUUAAUUAUGUGGGCAUAGACGCUUACAAAGCGAAAUAUUCCACUUAUUACGUGGCGGAGGAUAUCUGUAAGCAAAAGUUUGUCGUUCGGACGGGAAGAAAAAAAAGAUAUUCAGUCGCGGUUUCCCAUUGUGAUCCGGAGCAGCCUUUCUCACUAGUGGCAGUUCCGUACGAAGGGUAGUGUGGUGAGGAAGAAGCAAAGGUCAAAUUUAACGGCACGUUAUUGACACUGCUGAUAAACAUACUGUGCAUCGUUGUUACUUACGAAAGGGCAGUUGAAAUCAAAUUUCUGGCGAGAAAGGAAUGGCGUUUUUGAGGGCUGUAAUCAGGUCCAAUGUGUAUCGUAAGUUCGGCAUUAGCGGUCUUCAUCUCAGUGAGCAAGGAAUAAAUUCAGUUCGUGUAAAAUUUUCAAGACCCCCUGCCUUCGUUGGUUGUAAUAUAUUGAAAUCAACACAUGCCGCGAGUGCUAUCGGUUAUGACACAGCAGUCGAAGGUAAAUCAUCCCAACAGCAUCCUCGUGAUCCUUUGGAUCUUACCUUUGAAGAUCAUGUCGCAGCAUUUAAGAGCAAGACUACGUGGGAGAUCCUGCGUGCAUACGUCGUCUAUACGAUGUGUUCGUUCGAAUAUUUGGUUGAACGUAACAUGACGCUCAUGAAAUUUUCAAAGAAACUUCUUGGUGACCGACUCUUCAAGUUGCUGAUGAAGUCAACAUUUUAUGGUCACUUCGUGGCAGGUGAGGAUCAGUUCAAGAUCAGGCCAACUCUGGAACGGCUGCGUUCAUUUGGAGUGAAACCGAUCCUCGACUACUCAGUGGAAGAGGACAUCUCUCAGGAAGAAGCUGAGCGCCGUGAGGUUGAGGGAAGUGUAUCAGAAGCGGGAGAUGAGAAGUCACAAGGCACAAUACCGCAGUAUCACAUGGACAGGCAGUUUGCCGAUCGGCGGUACAAAGUUCAGAGUGCACGUACUUACUUCUACUUGAACGAGGCACAGUGUGAACGCAACCUGGAGAUAUUCCAUGAGUGUCUGGAGGCAGUGUCAGGUGCUACUUUUGGGACAGGAAUAUGUGCCGUCAAAUUGACAGCACUUGGACGUCCACAGCUGCUGUUGCAGCUGUCUGAAGUGAUCAUGCGCACAAGAAAGUACAUGACAGAAGUGUUGGGAGGGGAGGGCAAUGUUCUGAUGCAUCACGUUCAUGUGGAGGAACUGGAAAAGAAGUUUUUACAGGCAGGCCUCGAGGAAGAGACGGUUAAGAAGUUCCUUAAGCAGCUGACCUAUGACGAGGAAGGAGUUAUUCAUUUGUUCCCCUGGAGUGGCAUUGUGGAUGAGAAUCAGCAGCUGAGUGACACAUUCCGUGUGCCAGACCUCAAAACAGGUCGCAUGGUUCGCCUAAUCACACAGCUCACACCUAAGGAGGAGGAGAUGUUUCGCAACAUGGUGCGACGCAUGAAUAAUCUGUGCAGGAUGGCAGCGGAGCUGGAUGUACGCAUCAUGGUGGAUGCAGAGCAGACAUACUUUCAACCAGCCAUCUCCCGAAUCACCCUUGAGAUGAUGCGAAAGUACAACAAAGAAAAGGCUGUGGUAUUCAACACAUACCAGUGCUACCUGAAGAACACCUAUGAAGAGGCUACAAACGACUUGGAGCAGGCAAAGCGACAGAACUUUUACUUUGGAGCCAAGCUUGUUCGGGGGGCAUAUCUGGAGCAGGAGCGGGCUCGAGCAGCAGCACUGGUCUACUCGGACCCUACCAACCCCAGCUUUGCAGCCACAACUGAGAUGUAUCAUCGCACUCUAACUGAAUGCCUCCGUCGCAUCAAGGAUCUGAAAGACCGCAGUGAGGAUGCAAGGAAAAUUGCUAUCAUGGUGGCAAGUCACAACGAGAACACCGUCCGAUUUGCAAUAGAGAAGAUGAAGGAGAUUGGAAUCUCACCAGAAGACAAAGUGAUCUGUUUUGGGCAGCUGCUCGGGAUGUGCGACUACAUCACAUUUCCACUUGGUCAGUCUGGGUAUUCUGCGUACAAGUACAUCCCAUAUGGGCCAAUCAACGAAGUGUUGCCAUACCUGUCACGACGUGCUCAUGAGAAUAAAGGCAUUCUGAAGAAGAUCAAAAAGGAGAAGACGCUACUCUUGCGCGAACUCCGUCGCAGGAUAACUUCUGGCCAGAUCUUUUACAAACCCAGAGGCAACUAUGUGCCUGUGUGAGGGUGGGGCACAGUUGGAGUGUUAGUGGUCUCAACACCAGAGCAUGCUGCUCAGUGCCAAGCCAUACCCUGGUGACUGUUACAGCUGCAAUUCCUGUCAGUAACUGUACUUAAUUGACACGUGGCUUUGACAUUGAGUGUCAUCUUCUGUCAUCUUUAUAAAUAUUAUAAAUAUGGUGCGAAUGUUGCAUUGGAGUGGCUGUGGAUGUUUGGUGUAGCAAGCCAAGACUUGUGUAUGUUGUCUGUGUAGUUUACAAACAAACUGUGUGAACUGAAUAGCACUGCAGUCCCAUAAAGUCAGUAUUGAAGUGGGACCGUUGGAAUGGGAUUGCUCAUGUCAGGUUAGGGGGUGACAGUCUGGACAGAAUGCAGUGGACCAGUGCACUGUACCAGGCAAUUGUUUCUUCCAUUCCAUCAAUUCCCUCAGAAUUCCAGUUCCUUAGGUUUUGCGUUUAGAGUCAUGGUAAAAUACCAUUGAAUUUUGAGUUGAAUUUUAUAUGUCUAUCUGAUUUUUGUUUGGUUAUUUACCCUAAAGUAUUUUAAUUUAGGGGACAAUUCACACCAAAGCGGCAGGUAAUAAGCAACCAGCAAUAUGCAGUUUUGUAUUACCUGUAUAUUCUCAAAAACAUUGAAACAUUUGAUAAUUAGAGAUCAUGUUCUUAAAUGAUGUAUCCAUUGCGUACCACAUGUUACAGAAAUUGCAGAAUUUGGAAAUGAACGUUAAAUGUAAUGUUUUGAUUUAUCUGGAAUGGAAUAGUCAUAAAGGUAACAGUACUUUUGUGUAACUUGCAUGACUUUGAUAUAUUUUUUUGUCACCAUGAUAACUGUCCGCUGCAAUACAGUAACAUGUAGUUGUGCAAAAUGAGCUGUUCAGUGAUGUCAAACAAAUGUUGUUUCCAAGAGCAGCCACAAGAAGCUACUGCAACAUGAGUCACUAGAGUACAGAGCAAAUAAUUCUCUUUACUUAUCAUACAAACCAUGUAUUGCAGUACCUAUGUGAGUGGCUGUCAAUGAAAUACACUCAGUUCAUUAGAAGUGAUACACAUCAUUUGGUUCCUGUUGCUAGUGCGUUAGUGUGAAUCUUCCCUAACAAAGCUUACACAUCAAAGUAUUAUUUAUGAUAUUGUAUUGGAAGGAUAAGACUGAAUGGACAUUUCCUUCUGUGAAACAGCACCACUGUACUUAUUGUCUACUGUACUGUCAUUGUAUUUAUUAUGAAGUACAAACUAAAAGAAGGCAUGUUUUCGCAAACUCUAAAUUUUAUAGUUCAUGUCAGUGGCUGAAAGUUGCAAAAUAAGAUUAUAUAUGCCCAAGACAUGUAUUCACUCAAUUGUAGUAAAAUACAGUAAACACGUGAGAAUGUAUUCUCUUGGUUGUAGUAAAAUGUGGUAAACAUGUGAUUAAAGGAAAUGCUUAUUAGUGAGUAGACAUUGUUUUGUCAUCUAGGCUCGUCUCAUGAAGCACCUAUUUACAUUCUCAACCGAAUGUAUGACUAGGUGACAAAUACAUGCUUGUUGCUGUCUUGUUUCUUUGCAUUCAUCAUCCUAUAUGGCGAAAAUUAUACAUUUCCAAGAUGUCUGUAAGAUUGGUACUCAUUGCUUGAUUUUAAAAUCUCAGAACUUUUCGGGGUGGGUUUGAGGUUCUCAAGGCAGUAACUAUGAAGAUUAAUGUCUUUUGACAGUGAUGCCAAAUUGUCUGGUAGAUAUUUAUUGGUGGUCUAGAAGAACCUGUUGCCUUUGUCUUCAUGUUAGAGACCCUGAAGGUUUAUGUUACCAGGCUGCAUGACAUCACAUCCCAGAAGUCUGCAGUAUUCAAUACAGAGCAGAUGUUCAACAUACACAUUCUGCAGAUUGUGGUCUUGAGGGUUAUGUCACAGUAUGCUGUUGGAGGUGGAUACCACUGUUUCAGAGGGAUAUGCUCCCUCUUUCCUCGAGGCUGAAGUGAUUGGAAUGAGGAUGCAGCAAGAUUAUUCCUGUAAAGACUGAAUUUCUUCUAAAUAAUAUAUACAAAUUCAGUUCAUACCUCACAGAAAACAUGUUAUGUCUCCACUACAAAGCCAAAGAUUACUGCUGUAUAGGGAAACAGUCACUGUUUACUGUGAAAAUCAUAACAAACAUAGAGAAACUCUGGUAGAAUGCAGAGUUUUAGUAGGAUAAAGCUGGUGGUACAUAUAGUAAUGACUGGGUUUUAAAGAGUUAUGUAAGCAGGGUUCUUCCAUCUUUCCCUUCAUUGGUUCUGAGUAACCCAAUUUCUUAUCACAGGACCCAUGUGCAUGACACCCUUGCCCUAAUCACAUUAACCCAGAGAAUGGCAUAAUUUUCCUCUAAAUUGUUGGUAUCCACCUGUGAUAUAUAGUAUAAUAACCUGGAGGACCACAGUUUGAACAGCUCACCAUGGUUACCUUCGAAAGCCUUAAAUGUGACUGUUAUUUAGGAUGUCUAUUGUCUGUUACCUGUUAGGAGUACCAGUGAUUAAGACUUUCUAAUGGGCCCAACUGAACAUGAGCUUUUCCACACUUGCACAUGAUCACAGAAAAAUACGAUAGUUUCUGUAGGAUUCUGUUUAAAAAAA